CUUUACAUUACUACUAGUAGUACAUUACAUAUGCAAUAUUGAAUGACUUGUCCAUUACAACUGUGAAGUCAUCGCGAAGCUAUUAACUAUUUUGCUCUAAAUCUUUUGCGCAUGCCCCUAUGGCUAUGCUUUCAAGCCAUGUAUCUUAUAUGAAUUUCCACCCCCUCCAUUAGACUUUCGCUCUUCGUAACCUACUUACCUACAACCGCCAUCGCUCAUUGUGAUCUCUUCCCACACGCCUUCUAGCUUGUAACAGACGACUCCUACGUAUAAGAACCGAGUAUAUCGAAAGAGUUGCCGAAAUUCAACACAGCACCAUGUCUAAUAGUGAAGACCACCCCAUCGGUCGUGCAUUGGUAGACUUCUCGCUACAUGGCAUCUUCCCGGAAGAAGACAUAUCGUCUCGCCGAAUUUCAGCACAAGACUUUGCGCCAGCCCUGAGAUCCCUCGCAGAAGCUAAAACGAAGCUAGAGUCCGAGGUACACAAUAUCAACGUAGAAACAGCUUCGGACGUAAAUCAAUGGGUCGCAAACGCGAAAUCUCUCGAAGUAGAUAUCAACCGAUCACGAAGCUGGGCGAAUGAAAUAGUGCGACGCGCGCAAGCCCCCGACGUGUCAGAUAGGGCGAGGCAAGAAGCAGAAGAGAAGGUUGAGUUCUUGGAACGAGAAGUGGUAUACAACCAGCAGGUCCACCAUGCCCUGACGAACAUCAAAAUUGUGAAUGAGCUUCUAGACCAGGUUGAGCAGGCGCGAGACGACCAUAGAGUAUUAGAGUCCCUGAAUCUACUCGAAAAAUCCUGGACGGCUCUAGACAAUGUUCCCGUCAGCAGAAGUUGUCGCGUCAUGAAAUUGUUAGAUAUGAGAGCUUUUGAGCUGAAGUCUACAAUACACGACGUACUCGAAAAUAUUUGGAAUUACCUAGUGCACGUGGACAAUGAAGCACAACAAGUCGCUAUACUCGAUGGUCGUGAAGACGAGCAACUGAAACUCAAUGACGCCGUCGUAGGCUUAAAGGCAUACAAGGAGCUUGAUCAAAGGAUGGCGUUGUUUUGGCACGCUCUCGACGAAGCCAUUGUUGGGCCUCGUACUAAUAUUGAGGCCCAGGAGUUACCUGCGGUUCACAUAGAUAAUUCGCAUCUAGUUUUAAGGGGGAAUUCGAACAAGACGAUUACUUCCUUGUUCUCCGAUCUCGACCAAGUCAUGACUUAUCUAUCCGAGCGUUUACCUGGAGAGCUUGUAUAUUCAUUAUCAAGCGUGAUGAUGCCCGAUCUUAUCUCUCGGAUCGUAGGCACUUGGUUAAACAUUGCAGUUCCGGUUUCUUUGAAAGAAAUGGACGAGUUCCAACACGUUACUGAAGCUGUCAAGACAUUUUGUAACCGGUUACAAAACCUAAACUUUACCAAUUUCCAAGAGUUGCAGGAAUGGGUAGACGAUGCGCCAAAGGUAUGGUUGUCUAAGUGUAGGGAAACGGCAUUGGACACUGUACGCGCAAAGUUGGCUCAAGGGCUCGGCGAGUCAAAGAGUGUUGAGCGUGUUGAAACUCGAACUAUUUCAAAAUCUGAAGGGAAGGAACUCGCUGCCAAUGGUGUUGGCCCUUCGGGUGACGACAAUGACUGGGGUGCGGCGUGGGAGGGUGAAGAAGCAGAUACUAAUAACGAGGCUACUGAUACUAAGCUCGAAGGAAACGAAGACGACGGAACAGAUGCAUGGGGCUGGGGAGAUGAUGACCCUGUCGAUGAACAGCCCGAUGCUCCCGCGCAACCGUCUACAGAGCAGCCCAUUGACGAUGACCCUACAGAAGCCUGGGGAUGGGGUGAAGAAGCCGCAGAAGCCGCUCCUGAUGAACCAGCACCAACAGAUAUAUCCUCAUCAAACGCGCAAACUCGCGAAUUAACCUUGAAGGAAACCUAUAAUAUUUCCUCCAUGCCAGAACCUGUCCUCGCACUUGUCUCAACAAUCUUAGAAGACGCUGCUCUACUCAUCGGGACCGACGGCAAUCCGAUGGCGGCGGCGGCUGCAGGCCUCUUCUCGUUGCCAACGCUUGUCCUCGCAAUGUUUCGUGCCGUAUCGCCAUACUAUUAUACCCUAAAUGCGGGUGGCAAUAUGUUUCUUUACAACGAUGCUACAUAUCUCUCCGAGCGGCUUUCCGAUGUGGCCAAGAAUUGGAAAGCCCGCGGAGAUCUGACCCCUCGCGCCAUCGCGAUGCUUCGGCUCGACAAUGAUAUUAAAGCUCUUCAAUCGUUUGCAGCUCGGGCUUACGCGUCUGAAAUGUCCACCCAGCGGACAAUACUCCGGGACUUACUUGGAGGCCCCCAGAACCUUCUACAGCAGGACGGCCUCGGCACUUCCGAUUUAGAAGCGCAGAUCGACAAUGCUUCUGGGUACGUGCGUGGCCUUGCAGCGACGUGGUCUACGAUCUUAUCCAAAUCUGCGUGGAGCCAAGCAGUGGGUUCGCUCGUGGAUACCAUCGCGGCUAAACUGAUAGCCGACGUGAUGGACCUAGCCGGGAUUGGGCAGGACGAGGCGUACAACAUCGCGAGUCUCAUCGCGCGAAUAACGGAGCUGGACGAUCUAUUCCUGCCCACCGACCCGCCGAAGGAUGCGGUGCCGACCACGGCGGAGUACGCUGGGAGCUGGCUCCGCCUCAAGUACCUUAGCGAGGUGCUGCAGAGCAACCUCCAGGACGUGCGCUACCUGUGGAUGGAGAGCGAGCUAAGCCUGUACUUUACCGUGGAGGAGGUGGUCGAGCUGAUCGGCCUGAGUUUCGUGGACAAUGCGCGGACGAGAGAAGUCGUUCGCGAGAUCGAGGCGAAUCCACAUCCGCCGGGGGUUCUAUAGUAGAUGGGCCUAGAUAGAUGUACCGAACCUAUCAUGCUCUACAUAGUCCUAUAUGCUUAUGUAGGUGUACAUCCACAUCCAUCCCACUGUCAUUCUUAACCUUGUAGCUGUAGGUAGGUAGAGAGGAUUUACCUGGUUAGACACCCCGCCAACUUUUUCAUCCGCAGUAAAAUCCUAUCGAGCUUUUUUUCUUUUUUUUCUUCUACCUACCUACAUCCAACCAACCAACCAACAAUGUAAAACCAAAACAUCCAUCCCAUUAAAUAAGUCCGCUCUUUUUCUCCGAAACUCGGCUGCGUCAAGCGGGCUGGCGGGCGGGCGGUGUUUUGAGAAAGAAACAGUUGAUUGAUUGAUGGUUUGAUUCACAUGCUACAUACCAACCAACCAACCAACCUACGUACAAUACAUAACCUGCCUACCUACCUACCUACCUAACCUAGGUGCACAUGC